AUCAGCGGUGGGGGGGGGGGACCGCCAUCUUGGUAGGCAAAUUUCGUUGCCUGCGUUGCCUAGCUUCGUUCAUUGCUGCCCGCGUUUUGAAAAAAAAGUUUAUGCAAGGAAUAAGAAACAAACUAUCAGUGGUACGUGAGGGUGAGAACUCAAAAUGCCCUGUUGUGCAGUCUCAGCGUGCUUGAAUCGUACUUACAAGAAAAGUAAAUCCCAAAUUGAAACCGAAAAAACAUCGAAAAUUACUUUCCACAGGUUUCCGAAGGCUGAGAAUCAGAGACUAAAAUGGGUUGAAUGUACACAAUUGCCAUUAACAUCAUUACCUGCAAUUGCAUACCUCUGCUCUGUACAUUUCGCAGAGGACAGUUUUGACCGUACUUCCCUUAGCUGUACAAGGCUGAAAAGAGACGCUAUUCCAGCAAUAAACAUUAUAAAUACUGGAAAACCGGAAAACUUGAGUGAACAUGAACAUGAGCAUGUAUCACAAGUCCAACAAGACGUGUAUCCAUCAACGUCAAAAACAAUAGAUAAAGAAAUACCUGAGGAAAUAUUUGACGAAUUCACAUGCGGAAAAACUGAUGCCAAUACCAGAUCAGACUUACUAAAGACACUGUUUGAGAAUACACCAAAACGCAUUCAUAAAUGUGAUGUAACAAGCGAAUGUAAGCCACAAAAGCGUCAAUGUAUUCAGUCAGCAUUGUGUGAACAAACUGUUCAGGGAACACAAGUUAAAUCAGAGAGUUCAUCAGAAAUGAUAGAUGAUACGUAUUUGUCAAAGUCACCGUUUCUGAUAAACCAACAAAAUAACGAGGCCUUAAGUGAUUCCCGAGACCAACUACAGUAUACUCCUAGAAAAAUACUUCUGUGUAAAAAGUUAAAAGCUCAACAAGAUAUAUCACGACGGCAGAUACAAACACUCAAAAAACGAAAUAAGCGGCAAGAAAAAAAAAUAGCUAUCCUUAACUCGAUUUUAAAUGAAUUAAAAGCAAAACAGAUGCUUGACGAGGAGCAGCUUGAUUUACUAAAGACUAUUGACUCAUUUCGAACAUCCGAUUACUCGUGAAAAAAUAUUUGUAUUCCCUGAUCCUUGCCAUAUGAUAAAAUUAGUAAGAAAUAUUUUCGGGGAAGUACAAAUUUUAUUAGAUGGUAAUGAUCAGAGAAUAAAAUGGAGAAUGAUCGAAGAACUGCAUAAAUUGCAAACGAACGAAGGGAUGCAUUUGGCGAACAAGCUUCGUUCAACUCACGUACUCUUCCACAAGAACAAAAUGAAAGUUUGAUUCGCUACAAAACUAUGCAGUAUAUCUGUUGCCCAAUCUCAAGGUUGGUAGAGAAGACUUACAGCUACCGAAAUUUCAAAAUAGUUUGGCAACUGAAACGUUUUUGUCAAUUUUUAACGA